AUGAUCAUCAUUGUGAUUCGAAACAACCGUCACAUGUAAAACGACCGUUACAAAACAACUUCUAAAUUCAUUUUUUUUUUUUUUUUUUGAACAAUCAUUUCGAUUCGAUACAGUGAACAAAUAACAUUCAACCAAGAAAUUUCAACAAGGAUAAAAAAAUGAAUAACAAUUCAAUGAAUAAUAAUGAUGAUGCCAUACAACAAUCGACAUCAACCAACCCAACAACAUCGAUAAACAUGGGACAAUUAUUGAUGGAAAGACAAAAGCAAAAGCAACAAAUUCCAUUGAUGGCAAAAAAUUCCGAUUCGAAUCGAUCGAAUCAGGUAGCAUCUACACCAGCUAAUAUUAAAAGGCUUCAGGUGAACAAAUGGUUCAAUUCACCAACCGAUCAACUAUUCAGUCCUUGUAGUAAAAAAUUGUACAACAAAAAAAACAUUGUUCAUGCCGUACAUUUUGAUGAUGAUGUUGAAAAUGAUGAGAAUGGACAGAAAUCAAACAUAAUGGAUGACAACAAUGACGAUGAUAAUGUUGUUGAUGGUGGCCUUUAAAUUUUCAUUGUCAUUCAUUUAUUUGUAUUAACAAUUUA